AUGGCUGAUAAAUCAAGAUCGAGUAAACUGUUCCAGCCCGUCCAACUCGGAAACAAUAUGCUUCGCCAUCGUAUUGCAAUGGCACCGCGCACCCGGUUUCGCGCACAGGACGACCAUACACCAACAGUAUCCCUCGCUGAAGAAUACUACGCACAGAGAGCCUGUGUCCCUGGAACGCUCAUCAUCUCCGAAGGCUCCUUCGUAUCACCCAAGGCCGGCGGCUAUCUCAACAUCCCCGGCAUCUUCAACGCUGAGCAAGUCGAGGCUUGGAGACAGAUCGUUCAGCGUGUGCACGACGCUGGCAGUGUCAUAUUUCUGCAGAUCGCUGGGCUUGGUCGUACGGCGGAUCCGCACGUUAGGCAAAUCGAAGGCACGGGGCCGAUGACUUCGCCUUCGGAUCUUCCUAUGGAUGGGGACUCGCCUAAGCCACAGGCGUUGACGGAUGAGGAGAUCGAAGCUUUCAUCCAGGAGUUUGCAGAUGCUGCGAAGCGUGCUGUCGAAGGCGCUGGAUUCGACGGAAUAGAAAUCCAUGGCGCCAAUGGCUACCUAAUCGACCAAUUCACCCAAGACGUGAGCAACCACCGCACAGACAAAUGGGGCGGAAGCAUCGAGAACCGUUCAAGAUUCGCCGUCGAGAUCGUGAAAGCCGUCGCGAAUGCCGUGGGCCCCGAACGAACGGCAAUCCGUCUAAGCCCAUUCAACGUGUUCCAAGGAAUGAAGAUGGAAGAUCCAAUCCCGCAGUUCUCCCACCUCCUCUCAGAACUGAAGACAAUCAAGCCAGUUUACCUCCACCUAAUCGAGGCCCGAGUCCGCGGCAGCGAAGAUCACCACUCCACGGAGUCUCUUGUUCCGUUCAUAGAGCUGUGGGACAAUACUUCGGCCAUCGUGCUCGCUGGGGGUUAUCUGCCCGAAUCGGCGAGACGCACUGUUGCUGAGCUCGAAGGCUUUGACAUUUUGAUCGCGUUUGGAAGGUAUUUUAUCUCGACGCCGGAUCUCGUCUAUCGUGUCUACAAAGGCAUCGAGUUGAAUCCAUAUGAUCGAGCGACGUUUUAUACGCUGAAGAGUUCGAAGGGGUAUGUUGAUUAUGGGUUCUCCGAGGAAUUGUUGAAGGAAGGCUGUGAGGAAUUACAGUACCCAAAGGCUGGAUGA